AUGGCAAAGGGCUUGUCCAGUAACAACGCGGUGGCGGUCUUUGGCACAGCAGUCGCCCUCCGCCUAGCACUCUUCCACUUCCCAGCAUUAGCCAGUCUCCUCGGCGAGCGAGUCGAGAUAUCGACCCCUGUCACUAGUUUCAAAAGGCUGUCUGAGGGCGUCUUCUUGUUCACAAAUGGCGUACCGCCAUACGACGGGGGGGUUGUGCAUCAGGCACCUCUUCUUCUUGGAUUGUUCUACCCAAUCAUUUCGAGUCCGCUCCUCGUCAACCUUCUCUACAUUCUCAUCGAUCUCGCCAUUGGAUACAUGCUGCUCCAGAUCACAACCAUCAAGGACGAGGAUUAUGCAAAGGAGAAAAAGAUCACACAAUACGGUGGCAAGGAGGAGGAGCCAGGAAUGGGCGGUCUCUCGGUCGCGACUCUCUAUUUGUUCAACCCUUAUACCAUCGCCAGCUGUAUCGGCAGGAGCACGAUACUGUACUCGAACGCUGCCGUCGCAGCCGCAAUCUGGAUGGGCAUGAAAGGCAACAAGAGCUUGGCGAUGUUUAGUGUUGCUGUAGCGACCUACCUGUCACUAUACCCCUCCAUGCUCAUCAUUCCCGUCAUCCUAAUGCUCACACGGAAGAUUAACGACAACGAUCUCACCAAGAAGGUCGCCAUUCAAUGCACAGGACUGUUCGCAGGAUCGCUGGUCGCUCUGUUUGCACUUUCGUUCGUUCUGGUCAACUCUUGGGACUUUUUCGGAAGCGUUUACGGCACCAUCUUGACUGUGAGCGAUCUGACACCCAACCUGGGUCUCUGCUGGUACUUUUUCAUCGAAAUGUUCGACCAGUUCCGCCCCUUCUUCUUGGUCGUUUUCCAGAUCCACGUCUUUAUCUUUGCUGUGCCCGUUUCCAUCAAGCUGAGAAAAUACCCAUUGUUCGUCUCUUUCUUGUUGUGCGCGAUCAUGGGCACUUUCAAGGGAUACCCAUCAGUCGGUGACGCAUCCCUUUACCUUGGCUUGCUGCCUCUGAGCUCUGAGAUCUUCAAGUACAUGCGGUACUCGUUCCUGGUGACGAACCUGUUUAUGUACUCGACCUUGCUGGCGCCCAUUUUCUGGUACCUGUGGGUGUACGUUGGAAGCGGAAACGCCAAUUUUUUUUACGCGAUCGGACUUGUAUACGGUAUUGGCGAGAUCAUCUUGAUGAUUGACUCGACGUUUGCCCUCCUCCGCCGCGACUUUGAGGCCCAGUCGCCACCCGAGACGACCGGCCAGGAUGCCGCCCUUGGCUGGGACCGAGAGGUCUGCAUUUACCCAGUGUUAGGAACUGACUGUGUCUGCCCCACCUGCGACAUACCAGCAAGGGUCGGCAACCUGGUCAAGAACCCGUCCUAUGACAUAUUGGUGGCGUGUGUCACCAAGCUACGCAAUAUCCGUCUGGCUCAAAGACGAGGUCAAGAGUCCUCUUCAGAGGAUGGUGUCACUGAGGUGUUGACCUCUCAGCAGACCGAGCUUCUUGGCGAUGACAACCACCAUCUAGCACAACAGCCACAGCCACCACCUACUAUUUCUCAGCUUCAGCGGUUACUCAGUAUUCGGAAAGCAAACAGCCCAACGCCGCCCCUGCGCCAAGAGUCUGAGAGGCCGCAAGAUAGUACUCCUUCUUACGGAGAUUAUCAAGUGCCGUCCAACGGAGUUGUGAGUAACCAGCUGACGAGCAAUUUCAACACUCCUCGGAUGCCUACACCAUCGUUCCGGGAACUGCUGCUGGAUGUUGGAUCGCAAUCCGUCACCGACACUGAUCAAGUACAGGAUCAACAGUUAUCCAAUGGGCCCUCUAGGAAGCGGCGGAUGCAGACGAACGAGUACAUUGGACGGUCAGUGACACCACCCAACGGCGCAACAAGUAGGAAUAAGAAGCCUUCACGGCCAUCCGAUUCCGCAGGAAACGGAGGAUCGGCAACUACAACCACAGAUGAGGAUGAGGAUCUUGGCGAUGUCAAUUAUGAGUAUGGACAAGUCAUUGCUUCUUCUCAGCCAACAUUGGACUAUGAGAAGUUUACGUUGCCUCAGCGGCACCUGCCAUUCCUCCCAGUCAAUCGAGCACCCAGUCGACCAAAACCACCACAAUCACAGUCACAGUCACUUCACUCAACCACCUCUGGCCCCACUGGCUCUGAAAUAUCAACGUCCUCGCCAGCAUUGCCCAACAGCAUCAACUCAGAACCAACUACCGCCAUAUCGUGUGUCUUUACAGGACUCAACAAGGAGCAAAAGGACACCUUCGAUGACAAUAUCACCCGUGUAAUUGAAGCAGGACUCUUCAUGGAACAUAUGCCGGAUCAAGUUUUCAACGAAUCCGCGACUCAUAUCAUUACCAGUAUCGACUCCUUGGUCUGGAAGCGACUCGGCGUGGCUCUUUGUCCGAGAGUGCUCAAGUAUUUGGUUGGGAUGCUGUCCAAUGGGUGGGUUGUUCGGCAUGAGUGGUUUUUGGACAGUAUCAAGGCCAGGACAUGGUUGCCCCUACCAGAUGGGCGGUAUUUGAUUCAAGGAGAUGCCCAGUUUGGUCCAGCGCCUGGAACACAACACCGUCGCGAACUUCGGCAGCAGCAUUCAUUGAAACUUUUUGAUUCUUGCCGAAUGUUCUUCUACGGCGAAUUCGGAGCAGCCGCCCAAAAGUCGAUCAAGAAACAGGAACUACUUCGACUGGUCCAAUGCGGAGGCGCGAGCGUCUUGAUGAAACGACCUCCCAAAUCGUCCUCAUCCUCUUCUUCCAUUCGUGCCAGGUCUAGGACUCCUGCUGGCGAAGCAUUUGGACUUAACAGCACCAAUGGUAGUAACUCAGGUGUGGAAGAGGAUGUUUUCUUCUCGCCAAAUCGGUCGUUCUUAUACCUCACCGAGGAUACCAAACCGUGGCAGGUGCCUAUCGACAAGUCCGUCCCGAUCAUCAUUUGUGACCCAAACAAGAUACCUUCCGGAUAUUACACCAACCCUUCCUCCACCACCACCACCUCUUCCUCUUCCACCUCUAACGAAAACUCUGCGGCAUCAGCGUCAACAGCACUAUCACCGACAGAUCUGAAGAAGCAUGGCUGGCUCCGUGACUUCCAGGCCGUCUCGCUGACAUGGGUUCUCAAUUGCAUCUCGUGCAGUCUGAUGGGCAAGGCUGAUGUUGAUCUCUUGUAUGGGUCCCCUUGUCCGGAAGAGAUUCGGGAACUGGAUCAGGCAUGGGACUCGUGGCGUGCUAAAAAGGCAUGA